AUGGAUGAAAUCAUUGUGUUGCAGACGUUAUACAGCCUGCUGGUGCAGAACAAGACGAAUCGGGUGUCGCUGGUGAGGUUGCAAACGGAGAUCAACGAGAACGUGUUGAUACGGCGAUUGGUACCGAGCACGGGCAAACAGGUGCUUUCGGUGCACGACAUACUGGAGACGAUAAAACGGCUGUUUCCGAAACAAACGUCGCUGACCGAGGGCCAAUUGACAUUUUACAACCUGCAGUUGGCGGAGCUGCGCGACAAACUGUACGAGCUGUAUGAGAGCGCGAAGAGCCGGUUGGUGGAGCAAGUGCGGGAGAUCGAGCCGCAGAUCAAUCUGCUGCUGGAGGACAAGACUACGUCGCAGCGGACGCGGCUGCUGCUGCUGUGUCGGGACACGCUGUUGAACAAGUUCCAGGAGAAGGAGCACGCGCGUCUGUACCAGAGGAGUGUGGAGGACGCGGCGGUGCGCGAGCGGUUGGACCUGGGGCUGAUACGCACGCGGACGCCGACGAGCAUUUUGGAGUUGCAAGCAUGGUUGCAGAUGUGCGUUGCGAACGCGACGAUGUACGAGCAGACGGGGAGCGAGGGCUGGCUGGCGGCGCGGGCGAGCCAGCGGGAGCUGGACGACACCAUAGCAUUUGUACGUAGCGUACUGGAGUAG